AUGGCGUCUGCUAUUUCACCUCACACUCCGAAUGCUGCACAGAAUCUUGACAAAAAUGAACUUUAUCCUAUAGGAUCAGGAUUUUGGAAUGUACGCGGACGUUUCAAGAUAUUCAAAGUUGUCGAUAUUGAAACACAAAUGUCAAUAAUACAGCUCCGAAAUGGAAGAUUUCUCGUCAUCGAUACAGUGGAAAUGACUGAUCGUCUUCGUCAAGAAAUUGAUCAAUUAACAAACAAUGGUGAGAAGAUUGAAGCUGUCAUUGCCACACAUCCAUUUCAUACACUCUCGAUCCCUGCCUUCUAUCAGCUGUAUCCGAAAGCAGCUUACUAUGGAACACCAAGACAUCUUCGUCGUCUGACAGAUAUUCCAUGGAAAGGAGAUCUCGAUGACUGCAAUAUUCGCAAGAAAUGGGAACCAGAUGUCGAAAUGCGUAUUCCUGCAGGAGCAGAAUUUGUUAAUCCUCAGCCAGAGUCAUCGAAUCAUUUCGUUAGUGUGUUUGUCUAUCAUCCAGUAUCAAAAACUCUUCAUGUCGACGAUACAAUAAUGUAUUCAGAAAAGCCCGGUUUCUUGUUGAAAUUAUUCGGUAUGAAAGAUGGCGCAAUGGCAUUUCAUCCAUCGAUCAAAAGUGCUGGACUUCAUCCAACAGCUGAAGCACCAUAUUUAUUUCGUGAUUGGAUGCGUAAUGUGCUGAAAGACUGGCAUUUCGACAACAUUUGCUGUGCUCAUCUGGGUGUGAAAAUAGGUGGAGCACAUGCUGAUGUGACCACAUUAUUAAAUUCAGCCGAACCAUUAUUUGAAAAACUAAGCAAAAGAAAUCAAAAAAAGAAUCCAAGUGGCGAACUACCACCGGAAAACCAUCCAAAUACGAAUGUUAGUGGUGAUGAGUGUGGAUAA